CUCGAGGGGUCUGUUGAGUUACGCACAGGGAGUUAACGAGUAAGCAAAUAGUCAAUCUUCUCUCACUGAGCUAAAAAAAUUAUAAUAAAGCAAAAGUAAUAAAGUUGGAUACCAACACUUUUACUUCAGAGCCGCAGCGGGCUACGGAGCAAAGACAAGGAAGCCACAAAGAAACGCGUUUUAUGCCGCUAUGGAUCCUGCACAAUUUUCAAAGAAGCUCUGGAGCGUGCGCCAACAGCUUAUUCUGAUUCUCGCGCCGCUGCUGUGGCUCCCUGUACUCUUCGUUGUGCCGCCAAAGGAAGGAAAAUGUUUGUAUGUGGUGUUGCUGAUGGCAUUGUACUGGUGCACUGAAGCGCUCCCACUGGCAGUGACUGCCAUGCUUCCCGUUUGCCUCUUCCCCACUAUGGGAAUCCUGCCUUCUAAGAAGGUAUGUCCACAGUACUUCCUCGAGACUAACUUCUUGUUCCUGAGUGGCUUAGUAAUGGCAUCUGCUAUAGAGGAGUGGGGUCUCCAUCGCCGCAUUGCCCUCAAGGUGCUGAAGAUCGUGGGAGUGAAACCGGCCUGGCUGAUUUUAGGGAUGAUGGUCACUUCCUCUUUCCUGUCAAUGUGGUUGAGUAAUACAGCCACAACUGCCAUGAUGCUUCCCAUUGCUAAUGCCAUACUGGAAAGUCUGUUUGGAAAUCUGGAGACUCUAAAAGAGAACUGCAAGGUCAAGAGUGACCCAGAGGGUGAUUCUGAGGUGAAGAUGCAUGUAUUGCCUUCUGAAAAACAGAUACUGACAACAGAUGACAAGCCUGACUGGACAAAUAGCUCAGAGCAAAAGAAUCUGGAAGAGAUCAGAAGAGAGUCAGAAUACCAGAUUAAAGUGUGGAAAGGAUUUCUUAUCUGUAUACCUUAUGCUGCAAGCAUUGGAGGAACAGCAACCCUCACCGGCACUGCCCCUAACCUGAUCCUGGUGGGUCAGCUGAAGAGCUACUUCCCUGAAUGUGACCUCAUCAAUUUCGGCUCAUGGUUUGUCUUUGCCUUCCCACUCAUGCUUCUCUUCCUCAUCUUGGGCUGGAUUUGGAUUGCCUUCCUUUACGGGGGGCUCAAUACACGACUGUGUAUUAGCAAACAUGAUGAACGUGCAGCUGCAGAAGCUAAAGCAAAAACUGUUAUUGAUGAAGACUACAAAAAACUGGGCCCAAUAAAGUUUGCAGAAGGAUCCAUUGCUUUCUUCUUCGUUCUUUUUGCUGUCCUUCUGUUCACCCGAGAUCCAAAGUUUGUGACAGGAUGGUCCGUUUUCUUUACCAAAGGUUAUGUAUCUGAUGCUGUUACUGGAGUCAUUAUCAUCUCCAUACUCUUUUUCUUUCCAUCCCAGCGUCCAUCUAUAUGUUGGUGGUUUGAUCCGAGAGCUUCAAAUACUCCAUAUGUACCCCUGUUGUCAUGGAGAAAGGCUCAGGAGUGUGUGCCAUGGAAUAUAAUUUUGCUGCUGGGUGGUGGAUUUGCAAUGGCCAAAGGCUGCGAGGAAUCAGGGUUAGCAGUAUGGAUAGGAAGCCACUUGGAGCCUCUUGCUCAGGUUCCUCCUGCUGUCGCAGUCAUCCUCAUCACAGCCUUCAUUGCCUGCUUCACUGAGUUUGCCAGUAACACAGCCACCAUCAUCAUCUUUCUUCCUGUCAUCGCUGAACUGGCCAUCCGUGUGAAAGUCAAUCCACUGUAUUUCAUGAUCCCAGCAACAACGGGAUGCUCUUACGCUUUCAUGCUUCCUGUGUCGACACCUCCCAAUUCAAUCGCCUUUGCCUCUGGACACCUGAUGGUCAAAGAUAUGGUGAGGACUGGGUUUGUGAUGAACAUCCUGGGAAUUAUGUGUGUGUCUCUGGCCAUGAACACAUGGGGUCUUCAAAUGUUUAAUCUACACAUGUACCCUGAUUGGGCAAGACCUUUAAACGAUACCUCCGUAACAGUGCCUACACAUACCAUACCAGCAAUGAAUAUGACAGGCUAGAGAACAGGCAUGAACUAGGACAUGCGUGUAUAUGCGCACAACGUAUUCUUAUGAUGUGAUUUCAAUCCAUGUAUAUUAGACCAAGUGAAAGAUUUAACAAUCAAAAUUACACAUUCAGUUUGGAUUCUGUAUAUACUGUAGAUAUAAGACUGAAAAGAAAUAGAAAUAGAACUCUUAAUUUGCUGAACUAAGGAAUUUCCCUCAGUGUAUGGCUCAACACACUACCGUGACCUCACUUCCUGCUCCGCACUGCCCUCUUGUGCCUUGAAGAAAACUUUAAAAGUUUGGGAGAUUUUGAAGAAGUAUAUAAUGUCUAUAAAUGUAGUUUAAAGCUGGUCUUUUAAAUCUUUUUAAAGAAUCCUAAGCAUUUUUGUAGGUUGUAAAUUUGUUCUAAUAAUGUCAUUUGUAUAAAUAGAUGUUUUCUUCCAGAUGUUAAUAUGCAACAUUUCAAUGUUAAAUUGUUAUCAUCUUGUGUUUAUUAUCCAUGAAACCUAAUUAAAUCUUUGAUCCAACAAAACUAUGUAGAGUUAUU